AUGAAGCUACUCAAUUUCCUCUCACUUUUUGCGUCUUUUGCAUCCUGCUCAAAGUUUGCCACAUACCACAACUUUGCUACGGAGGGUGUUCUUGCCGAUGAUGGUCUACCUCCCCAUCCACUUCAGGGUCUCCCUUACGGAAAACCCGCUUACCCCAUUACCACCGAUGGUAACGGCCGCGAACAAGUGGAGGCACACCUGACAUACUACGAAGGAAAGUACUGGAUGCACUCAGCCACAUGGAGCUGUGGCGGUUCAAUUUUCGUCUAUGGAGUUGUUUCUGGAAUCAACUUCCCGGAGAGCCCAGUUUAUCCUCCUGGCCAAUAUGGAUCACCAGGAAAUUGUGGAAUCAAGACAUACUCCUCUGCGGAUCUUGUGAACUGGACACUGGAAGACUAUUAUCAGCCCGAUAUUACUGUUGCAAACGUGACAAAACCCGUUGUUCGCUACAGUAAUGAAACAAACAACUACGUGAUGUUUAUGGGCGGUAACGCUAAAUCAAACUUUUACUAUGCCACGUCGAAGAGCCCAAGCGGUCCGUGGAGUAAUCCACCAAGUAUCAUUUCCGGAGCUCACGUCAAUCACGACUUUGACGUUGCUGUCGGACCUGAUGGGUCUCAUUACAUUCUUUCAGAUCCGUUCACUGAAUAUCUCUCCAUGGACACCUACUAUACAUUUCCUAUCUGGGAUAUCUGGGUCCAAAAGCUGGCUCCGAACCUCACUGCGACGCUUGGAACAAAUAAUACAUCUGCUCGAAUCCGCACCGCUGAGUCUUUAGCCGCACAAGAACUGUAUCUAGAGGCAUCCAGCUUCUUCUAUCAUGACGGAUACUGGUACAUGAUGUUUGGACGAACAUGCCAGAACUGCGCCGGCUCGAUUUACUACUUAUACUCCAAAAAUCCACUUGGCCCAUACACCGACGGUGGAUACGUCACACUUGAUGGCUGCGGAGCCCAGAAUAAGGGAACGAGUAUUCUACCCUCUGAAAUUGGCUCUAUUGCCGUUGCAGGUGCCCUGGCGUACCGAACCAGCGCAACCAAUGUAGUCGUCAACGGCUCAAUAUGGCAUGGUGAUAACCACCAAGCUGCGUCGAGUACUUUCUUCUUUCCAUUGGAGUUUAACGAUGAUCACACAAUCAAGAACUAUACUUGUCCGGCUACUGUCAAAAUUCCUCUCGCGGCAAAUGUUACUACCCAACCCGACACCCCAACGGCAUACCAGCUUGAUUGCCGGAUUCGAAACUGGCAAUCUAUUGAAGCAGUGUAUGAUCCGCCUAAGAAAUCAAGCUCACUCGAGUUUCCUAUUUGGCAACGAACGGAUAACCUUGGGCAAACUCUGAAUGCCGGCCCGAUGCUGGAUCAACCUAUUGAAGUGAUUGUUUUGUUUGCAGAUGGAGAAAGCUCGCAUUAUUCAUGGCCUGCGAGCAAUGUUUCUUGGGCACCUGCUAAGAUCCAUUUGAAUACUAGUGGGAAGGAAGUUUCGAAGGUUACGCUUAGUACCAAUGCUACUAAUGGGUGCUUCGGAACUUUGGUUCAAGCGAACGAUAAUUCAGAAAGCAAAUAUGGAUCUCUUGUUGGUGGAAAUUUCAAAGAAGACUCCAAUGCCCAACUUUAUGUGUAUCAAUUUUGA